AUGGAAGAUUUAAAAAAACCUUCCAUAGGAAUUUCGGUAAGUAACGCCGGUCAAAAAAGCACGUGGGUUGAUACUGGUACUGUUUUCGGAACAUGUUUUGAUAAUCCGAGAUCAAUUGAAAAAUUACCGACUCUCUUGUUUUUAAAACUCAAAAAGAAAUCAGCGGGAAAGAGGAAUGUUUCAAAAUUAAGUUCUCCUUCGACUAUGUCUUCAAUAAUUAAUGAGGAAGAAGCUUCAACGUUAGUGGUGUUAUUACAAAAUCUACAUCAAUCUCAAGAACCUAACGUUUCAUAUCAUGCUUUUAAGACAGCGAUGAUUUGUCGUUUGUUAAAG